AUGGGGUUCCCAAUUUAUCGAUACAAACACCCCGGUGGAAGCCCAUUGACAAGAAUUUAUAAGGUAAAAGAGCAACAAAUUUUCAUCCAAUGCGUUAGCAUUCUAGUUUUGUCGAUACAGGAAAACAUCACUACCGAGGCAGAGAAUACUCGAAUUUAUGAUGAAAAGAGAAACCAUGAUAAGCUCAUGUUCCUAAACAAUGCAUUGAUCGACGACUCCGUUACGGCCACCGAGGUCGAAGAAACAAAGACAUUAAUAGGCCUCCUCCCCAUAUUUGCAAGCACCAUUAUGAUGAACUGCUGCCUAGCUCAAUUGACGACAUUCUCAGUGCAACAAGGGAACAUCAUGGAUAAAUCACUUAACAAUUUCAACAUCCCAACUCAGUCAUUAUCAGUGCUUCCUUUAUUCAUCAUGUUAGCUUCCAUACCCAUAUAUGAAUAUUUCACACGCUUAUUCCGACUAAAAAUCACCAACCAUCCUAAAAUGCUCAACAUGUUCCAACCACUGUGGUGGAUCGGUGUAGGGCUUGCUCUUGCAUCGGGGUCGAUGGCUGCCACCGCUAUAGUCGAGGCUAAGAGGCACGAGACGGCACGUAACGGUGUGAUCUUAUCCAUUUUCUGGCUUGGGUGGCAGUACUUGCUCCUCGGUGUGUCGGAUAUGUUGACGCUCAGAGGAAUGCUUGAAUUCUUCUACUCGGAGGCUCCGGCAGCAUGCGGAGUAUGAGCAUUGCAUUAUCUUGGUGCUCGACGUCGAUGGGGUACUUUAUCAGCUCGGUGCUGGUAACGGUAUGCAACUCGGUGAGUGGACAUUUUGGGAAAGAAUGGCU